AUGUGCGUUAGAUCCCUGAAAUUAUUCAAUAAAAAUGUUAUCAGCGUUAAUAUGAGUAUUAUCGUAAAAAGUUUUUUUGUAACAUGUUCAACUCUGAUAUUUAUUGGAACAUUGGUCUUAAAUUUUUUAGCAAUUGUUUAUAUAUUAUCGGCAAGAGAUCGAACAUCCAUUGCAAUGUUAGUAGUGAAUUUAGCAGUGGCUGAUAUUAUUCAUGCAGGCAAUCAAAUGAUCACUCGUGAUUGGAUUUUUAAUGAAUUUGGUUGUAAAUUUGCCAUAACAAUCGAUAUUCUAUGUACAGUAGUUAUUGUCUAUACAGUUGCUGCACUGAGCGUUGAACGUUACAUUGAUGCCAAAUUAUCUUUAACAGUCAAUAAUAAAUUUCGUACUAUCAUUACUAUCACUUGUAUUCUACUUAUCUGGACAUUGGGAUUACUAAUGCCAUUACCGUAUAUAAUUCAUACCUAUUUACAUAGAUCAACGAACAAUAAUACUGGACAUCGAUCGUGUGAUUCAAAAUUAACUGAAAAAUUUCUUUUAAUUCAUGAAAUUAUAUUGUACAUAUUUGCCUUUGUUAUUCCCUAUUCGAUUAUAGUCAUAUUCUCAUUGAAACUAUUAAAAUUUCUUCGUGAAUGGUUGAAACGUAAACAAAAACUGACACGUGCCAGUAUUACGCGAAAACGUACGAGAGGUGUGAAGUUGGUAUUGUGCAUUGUUCUCUCAUUUCUUAUUUGUUAUUCACCGUUUUGGAUAUUUAAAUUUUUGACAAGAUUUCUUAUAGAUGAAACUGUCCAACGUCGGCCUUUAUUAACAAGAAUACUCCAAUAUACACAUCAGUUUGUUAUUGUUGUUAAUCAUUUUGAAGGUAUUCUAAAUCCACUAUUUUUCAUUGUACUCACUGAACGAUUUUGUUUGACAUUUUCACAACAUCGACGUAAACGAUUUCAAAAUGGUAAUAAAGAUAAAAACAAUAUUAAUCAAUCAUAUGCGGAUCGAAUGCAAUCCUAUGGAGUCAAUUCAAUAAUGAAUAAGGGUGGUGGUGCAAAUAUGAAAUCUACAUUACAACAACGAAAUGGCAAUACAAGACCGGUCGCACAUUUUAUAAAACAAGAAGAAGAAAAUGAUAAACAUAUUCUUCUGGCAUCUGCGACAAGUAUGAAUACAGAACAAACACUGAGUACAACACCGAGAAGCACUCUUGUAGGAUACAGCACUAGUUUAAAUACCUAA